GAUCAUCUCGCGAUACUUGGCCAUCGGCGCUAGUAACAGAAAAGUGUCAUGGUGGCUCCCAUCGCAAGCGAACAGACGGCGUGAUACAUCUGUUGCCUCCUAUGGUGUAGCAUAUCGCGGUGCUAUGGUCUGUUUCUGUUAGAUAUCAAGAGGAAACAUAGAGAAAGCAUCGACUCUAAAGAGCAGUAAAACGGGGAAAAAACGAAAUCUUGGUAUUUCAACUGGAGGAAGAUAUAAGCAAAAGCGAGCGUACAGGAAAAGCAGGUGCUGUGAUGUCCUCAGCACCCCGAAGCCUGAGCCAGCUGUGUCACAGGAGGAAGCACUACCCCAGUAGCACCUACCACACGGCCAUCUGACAGAAACCCACUGAGAGAGAGAGAAAAGACCUUUCAGAGUCCCGGAGCAGACUUAUCCAGGGGUACCGUGCACAGAGCCAAGGAAAAGGGAGACAUAUCAAGGCAACAUGUCCAGUUUUGUGGAGAGUGGAGAAACAGGAGGGGCGGCAGGGGCCGGGCUGGAGCCGGAGGGGGACAGUGAACCUCCACAAGAGCCACCCCUGGGUGUUAGUCAGGUGGCCCAGGAGGAGAAGGAGGAUCCAACAUCAUCAGCCCCGGCCGCCAAACAGCCAAGGCUGGCACAAGUUGACGUGGCUUUGACCUCUGACCUGAAGACACCUGAUCAGGUCACAGAGGAAACUGAUAACAAUUAUGAUCUUUCUCAGUUAGGCCAAGAAGCAGUGCCAGCUGGGACAGGUGACCCUGUGGAAGGUUGUAGAGAUGAAGGGCAGCUGGAGCGCAAUGGUGAGGAAAACACUGCAGGGAUGACAGGUGGAAUGGAUGAGCUGCCAGAGGAAGGCAGGAAUGGAGCUGGUGGUAGCCCUGAUGAAGGACAGAGUCUCAGGCUCGAUUUCAAACAGACGCCACACAUGUUAACUGGAGCUUGGGCGGAAUACAAGAGCUCCGCUGAGAACUACCUCAAGGGCUGCAAAUGGGCUCCGGACGGCUCCUGCGUCCUGUCCAACAGUGCGGACAACGUGCUGCGGCUCUACAACCUGCCGCCGGAGCUGUACGCCCACGACUGGGACCUCAUGACGGAAAUGAGCCCUGUGCUGAGGAUGCCCGAAGGAGACACCAUUUACGAUUACUGCUGGCUCCCCAUCAUGACCUCAUUGCAGCCUGACACCUGCCUCAUCGCCAGCAGCAGUCGCGAUAACCCAGUACACCUGUGGGAUGCGUUCUACGGCGACCUCCGUGCGACCUUCCGAGCUUACAACCACCUGGAUGAGCUGACUGCUGCCCACUCACUCUGCUUCACCCCAGACGCCUCCCAGCUCUACUGCGGCUUCGAUAAGACGGUUCGGGUCUUCGACACAGAGCGGCCUGGCCGGGACUGUGAGGAGAGGCCCACUCUGGUGAAGAAAUGCGGCCAGACGGGCAUCAUCUCCUGCCUGGCGUUCAGCCCAUGCCAGUCCAUCUACGCCUGUGGCUCCUACUCCCGCUCCGUGGGCCUCUACUCCUGCCAGGACGGGGCGCCGCUCGCACUGCUGCCCAGCCGCCACCAGGGGGGCAUCACCCACCUGCUUUUCUCGCCCGACGGAAUCCGCCUCUACACAGGAGGCCGGAAGGACCCAGAAAUUCUCUGCUGGGACCUGCGAGAUCCAGGACAGGUUCUGUUCUCCCUGCGACGGAGGGUCACCACGAACCAGCGCAUCUACUUCGACCUGGACCCGUCGGGGCAGUACCUGCUGAGCGGUGACACAGGAGGAGUUGUCUAUGUGUGGGACGUGUCCACAGCACCCCCUGAUGGUGGGGAAGGAGUACUGCAGCCCCAUUUCCAGUUCCAAGCACAUGGAGACUGUACCAACGGCAUCAGCAUCCACCCCUACAUGCCCCUGCUGGUGUCAUCCUGUGGCCAGAGGCAGUUCAGCUGCCCGGGGGAGAGUGAGGGCGACUCUGGGUCCGAAUCAGACGCCGCAGAAUCGCCAGUCUCCAGUGCCGACAACGCGCUUGCCCUCUGGUGGGCGGGGCCACCAGGUUCCGCCAGCGACAGGAACCAGGAGGCGCAGCCGGAGUGACAACACCGCCCCUGAGGGGAUCAAGCCUAGUAGUGCAGCUGCCACUUUGGGACCCCCCAGGAAAUUGUCACUGAGACACUGAUACUCAAACUCCCAGACCCAAACACAAAUUAGCCCUGGAUUCAUUGCCAGAGCAUCUUUCCUAAAAAUUACAGUCUGGGCUGAACUCCAUUUCCAAUGCUAAUGAGCAGCACAUUGUUAUCCACUGAAGUAACUAGGCGAAAUCGACAAAGAAGAGUUGACUGCUAACUCGUAACCCCCCCCCCCCCCUUGCUGGGCUCAGCUGAUUCAUCAGUCAGACUAUGCUGUUAUUGAUGAGAGAGUUCUGGGUAAAAAGCCCUGAAUUUCCUGGACACUCCAGUCGUGUGCUUUAUGUAAAGCGGCCUCAGGUGUGGAGUCAAAACACAAAAACCUUGAUUGUUGUAACACCAUCGUUGUUAUGCAAAUGUACGUGUUGCCCGGCCCCCACCCCUGACAAGCAGUCACAUGCCAAACGUCACUGAUUUUAAAAGGUCUUUUUGUAAAAAUGACAUGCCAAUGCUGCGGUGAAUAUGAUUAAAUGUAUAUUUUUGUACGUCUGCCCUUUGUGUGACACGACUUCGUAGCACAGUGCUGCCCUGCGCUGGGUCUUCUGUUUCAUAGGCUAAGAUGAGUAGUGUGUGCUUUUGGUGCCAACAAGUGGCUUAAUUUUUUAUUGGGUUAGGGGGGCGUUUAACAAGGAUCUCUAACUGUACUUCUGUUCCUUCGUCUGUUUGAUUUUUCCUUUGUCGUCUUCUGGCUCUACCCUGGAAGUGGUAGUAGGUUUUAGGGGUGUGAGACGUGCUCCUGGUGCGUGUGAUUGUGCGUGUGUGCGCGCACCCGUAAUCAGCACGUUUUUGUUCCUGCUCGACAGUGUUUGGAGAGAGAUGGUUGUGCUCUUUCGUCUGACAGAAAAAUUUGCUUAAUUGAGUACGACUACUCGAGUAACCAGCCUGCUUUAGAAUCACUGCAGCAUCAAGAGUCCCUGAAAAGAGAGCAAAUCUUUUUUUUUUUCCCUCAGAUUUUUCUUUAUUUAACACCUGAUUUGAAAAUGAAUAAAGCAUAUGAAGUUUGUUCCUUA